UCGUCAUCAACGGAGCUUCAUCUGACGAUCCUGUAUUUAUACAAUCAGAUGCUCUGCAUGAAUGUAUUGAACUGAGAGAGAACACAGAGGUGUCAUUCGUCAGAGAUGGAGUGUCAGAAUUCAAAUUUGACCUGCGCCAUUUGCCUGGACCGUUUCCGAGUGCCUGUCACCAUCCCCUGCGGUCACACCUUCUGUCAGAGGUGCAUCACCGUCCACUGGGACACCCAGAGCAAGUCAGAUGUGGGCCCCCAGUGCCCGAUCUGCAACGAGAAGUUCCCCACCAGGCCCGUCCUCAAGCGCAACGUGUCCCUCUCCGUCUUGACCGAGGCGGCGAACAGCAACAACCCCUCCUGCAGGGAGUCGCUGACGAGGGGGGGCGAAGGGGCGAGGGCGAUGCUGCUGUGUGAUCGCCACAAGAAGCCCCUGGUGUAUUACUGCAAGCAGGACAAAAUGUCGGUGUGCUGCGAGUGUGCCAUCUCCGAAUGCCUGAACCACGGCAUGGUGCUGUUGGAGGCGGAAAGGGAAAGUCAAGAGCUGCUAUUGGAAAGGAAGAGCAUGGAGGUGGGAAAACUCUUGGAAGAGACAGAGAGGACUAUUGACGAGCUGAGUGAGAAUAUCAACAAAGCCAAGGUGACUCUACAGCAGACUUCAGCCUGGGUGAACACCAAGUUCUCCACGCUAUUGCACGUGCUGGCCGAGAAGCAGGAGGCCACAGAGCGCUUCAUCGAGGGGGAGAAAGAGGCCGCCCUCUCUCAGGCCGAGGCCAGGCUCGCUGAACUGGAGGAGAGGGCCCAGAAACUCCGAGAGAGCCAGGGCCAGAUCGCAGCCCUGCAUAACCUCUCUGACACUCAGCUGAUCAAGGAGUCCAUGCUGGUAGAGGUUCCACGUUUCAAGGACAUUCCGGUGGAAGUAACGCCCAACCUGCAGGAUCGGCUAAACGGCGUGACAGACGUGCUGUCCCGGGUCUCCAAGCUGGUGUGUGAGGACCUGGAGAAAGCUGUGAGCACCGCCGUGGGUCAGGACAAACAAGGUUCCCCGCAGGAUAAGCGUCCAGUUCUGGCUGUGGUUCCCAGUCCAGCCGCUCCAUGCCACCCUGGAGGGAAGGAGGGCCUCAGUGCCUACAGAUGCUCUCUGACCUUUGACCCCCGCACGGCCAACGGGCACCUGCUUCUGUCCCAGGAAAACCGGAGGGCGGAGCACCUGACCUCCGGGCCGCGCCCCGUCCCCGCCCACGAGGCCCGCUUCGACCACACCUGGCAGGUGCUCUGCUUUCAGGGCUUCACCCACGGACAGCACUACUGGGAACUGGAGGUGUCGAAGCCAUGGGCCUAUCUUGGGGUGACCUACGAGACCAUCCCCAGGAAGGAGAAGGGCAAGAGGUGCAUGGUGGGGAUGAACGAGCUGUCCUGGAGCCUGCAGCUGGACGAACGGCAGCUGAGCGCCUGGCACAACGGCCGCAGGGAGACGCUGGCCGGCCACUCCCAGCACAGCCGCAUCGGCAUGCUGCUGGACUACGAGGCCGGGACGCUCACCUACUACGGGGACGGGCAGACCAGGCUCCACGCUUUCCACUGUGCCUUCACCCAGGAGCUGUUCCCCGCCUGCUGGAUAGGGGAGGGCGUCAGCAUCACCCUCUGUUCCACAUGAGCUGACUCACACGGGGAGGUGAAGCUGAUGAGGAAGGGAGUUCAGCGAUCAGUGAUGAGCUGAAAAAGGAACAAUCAAAUGUGGGCCCUAGCUGGCCCCAGGUAGAUGCAAUUAACCAUUUAGAAGAUUUUUUUAAAAUCUCUUUUUCCCUCAUCUCACAUCUUAUCAUGUUUCAAGUAGAAGAACCGAUCUUGUAUGGAAACAAAGGGACAUCCUGAUUGGCCUUGUGUUUUUUUUUUAAGUAUGACUGAAAAAAUGCUGAACUUUAGAUAGAUCAAAUGUACUUUUGCAACUAGACAAGCAAUCUCCUCAACUGGAGGGCACAAUUUAGCGGAGUCUACACAAUAUUUUGAGUUUAGGUGGUCUACUUUUAUGCAAUGGGUAGUCAUUAAGAUGGCUGGGCUCACAGGUACACAUUAGACGUAUGGGGAGGCGUCUAGGCCGCACUGACAUGCAGUCAUCACACUGGAACAAAGGGAAAUGCAGGGCGUGCAUGAUGUUACUUUACAGUAGUGACAUGCAGAAAAUGUGCCCAAACCAUCCCCGAUUCCUGCUGCGCUCUUCUUUGAAACCAUGGUUUUGCCAGCUGCUUAGAUUUUGUUGCAUGUCUGCUAGUUUCAGCUGUACAGAUACAGCUCUGAGUUAAAAUAACUUAAUCCUCAUAAAGGUGCCAAAUAGAGUCGUGUUCACACUAUAAGAAGAACUGGUGCAGACAAGUUCAUCCUGGUGGAAAAACACUACAGUUAUCGUGACUGAAAACUUUUAUUUUUUUUUUUAAAGAGGUGCUUCAAAAAUCAGAUGUGAUUUUGCUGUUGGGAUAUCAUUUGAAGACCUUUCACAAAUGAGAAAAAAGAUCCACUUGUCUAAUUAUCAUCUGUGUGCACAAGAAAAGGUUUAAGAAAAGACAAAAGUCAUUGUGUUGAGGUUGCACCAAGUAAUUUACAGCCGUGUGAUGACUAUUUGGAUAUUUUUUCUAAAAUGGUGCAUCAAAAAAAUAACUUUAGGUUUAGUACAGUUUGAAAUUUGAGAUUUUUAAAAAUCUCAUACAUGUAAUAUCUCCAGUUGAGGUAUUCCAGCAACAAAAGCACACUGGAUUUUAGAAUUGUCUCUUCACUGCAGUCGUUUUUUGAGACUGGAACCCUUUUUAACCAGAAGUAAAUUUGGAUAUAAUGACAACUACUAUGGCAUUUGGAGACAUGCAAUGAUGUGCUUUUAGUUUUGUUACAUUUAAAGUGUCACACAGUGGAACACAGUGAUGCUGAGUGGAUUGCAUUUAAGGUGGCUCAUAUUUAAUACUGACGAUUUCAACAAUUCAUUCUUGAAAUGGAAAUGUCCACUCAUUUUUGUUCUUCAGGUUAGAGAUGAAGUGGCAUGUUUUCCACACAUCACUGAAGGAAAAACCGUUGUGUGUGCAUUUCCUGUUUUUCCACUGUAAUGAUUGCAGUUCAGUGUGGCGUAAGUCUCAAAUUACAAAAUCAUUCAUGAAGAAUUUAUAAAAUCCAUGUAUCGCACAUUCUUUUGUAGGAUUUGUGAUCAACAGAACUGAACAAGCAUUCUCAAGACUCACAGUGAGCGUCCGCUCUUCUGGCUUACAUGAAUGCUUGUUGGUCAGUGGAAGCUAUGAGCUUCUCUUUACCUUUUUGUGUUUUCCAAGGUCUACAACUGGCCAACUCCUUUUUUCCCGAACCCCAGAUUGGAGAGAAAGAAAGGAGGCCAUACUGUCAUAGACAGAGUUUGGAAUGCUGCACUUGUCAUGUAGCCAUCUUUACAAAUGCACAGACUUUCGAGGGUGAUCGUAUUAUGCUGCCAACUGGUGUUGCACAUAAUGCCAAAUUCAUUAGUCCAUGACAUUAUAGUCUCUGCUUUAUUUUUCUUUAUUGCAUCCAAGCUUGUGACUGACCGCUGUUAACCAGUCUGAUUCCUCGACUCUAGAGGUGAACGUGAAACCAAGAGGGAAGCAAAGCACUUGAUCAUGUGGCCUGUAAAGGACAUCAGGCCAGUCCAAGGUAUAGUGGACCCACUCCAUGUGAUGACUUUGUCCUGUUCAUCUGCUCCUUUUAUUCUCCCAUAAGUGAUAUAGGUGAAAUCUUAACGGGAAGGGUUCCAUGGCUGUGCGUUGCUACUGAGAACAUGUAGCUGAAAAUGGACCGCUCCUUAUUUAUUGGGAUCUGAACAGGAAUGCACAAAUUGCACUGACAUUACAGUCCCAAACCUGUGAUGCUGACAGUGACGUGAUGAAACCUGCUGUACUGUACAGAUGUUUUUAACGGGCUUUUUGCCUUUUGACUUUACCAUGAGCGCUUCGAAAGCGUGGCUGUGACCUUGGAAAUGUUGGUGAACUCGAGGCUCAGGACAUGGAACAUCUUUGGGAAAACUGUCGUGGAUUUGCACAAGUGGAAGCUGUCUGGGAGCACAGACAAGGACCACGGACUGCACGAGAAGGGAAAAGCACAGUUUAAGGCUGCUAACGCCUAGUGACAUUUCACCUUAACCCCCCUGCUGAUGUUUAUGCUAAUGCACUAUGCUACGUGUUCAAAGUGGACAUUGAGUAAACCCACCCAUCAAUGUGUGAUAGAGCAAUACUUAGUGUAGAAAUAAAGACGAAAACACUCACACUUCACAUGAAUCAAGAAUCCAUUUAAUAAAUUCCAAUCCAAUGCAUACAUGCAUUAGUUGCUGUUGAGAACAUGCUUUGUUUUGUCCACAUUACUUUUUUGCCAUUUAAAAUAAAUUACUCAAUAAAUUAGUUUGAAAUAAAUACAGAGCUUUAUUAAUAUACACACAGCCAUGACAGAGCAAACAGGGGCCCAAUGCAUAGCGUUCUGAAAGUGCAAAGAAUCAGCCACAGAUGUGUCACAGAUACAGUAUAUAGAUUAGUGAUGAUACAGGAAGGAAGAGAAGAGGCCCGGACACUAAGGUGCUCAGAUCAGAUUUUAAGACCUCAAACAUGUCAGCUCAGAUUACAACCAC